ACAUUUUACAGCUCAGUGACCAUUUGCCGAUUUUUUUCUUUUCUUGGGGGGUUGGGGAUGGUGUGGAUUGAAAAGUGUCCCUUUGUGACAACCAGAGCCAGAUUGGGGAGUAGCUCAUUUGCAUCUCAUUACCCUAGCAGUCGCUGCCUGUAUAUAACCGGCUGCAGGAGGACUGCGACAUUAUACACGCACAAUCCAGUCAGUCUCUCACAUGGAAACAAGAGUACAGGAGGAAAAUUUGGAUCAUCACGCCAAUUGUAUAAACGGAAAAUAAGCGAAACACGCGUAGAUAACCCUGUUCUUGGGUUUUCUGCAUUUUUUUCCGGCUUCCUAAACUAACCGCAAGUGGACUGCAAACUUUUGACAACUUGGAGUAUUCGUCUUCUGAGGGAAUUUCCUGUUCGUCCCCAUUUUUGCGCAUCAGGGUUUCCUCUUUAUAUUCGUAUUUGGGAUUUAAUUGCUUGCUUUUUUUUUCAAGGGGGACUUUAAUGGGCUUGCAUGAGCAGAUAAAGUGAACGCAACAGAGCAUCAACCAGAGCUGCCUCCCACUGAGUGGAGAACUUCGAGUCUCAAUGAUUUAUUGAGACACGGUCUCAUACAAUCGCCUGGCCCGUGGAAGCUUAACAACAAAGUUCAGAUCAUCUCCACCAUGGGACGACUUAUGAUAGCGGCUUUGCUGUGUGUCGUGAUAAGCCAGGGGUUUUGUUCUGGGGUUUUCGAGUUAAAGUUGCAGGAGUUUCUUAACAAGAAAGGGGUGAUAGGCAACGCAAACUGCUGCAAAGGAUCCGCGCCAGAGGCUCAGCAGUGUGAAUGCAAAACCUUUUUUAGGAUUUGCCUGAAACAUUACCAAGCCAAUGUAUCUCCAGAUCCUCCAUGCACCUACGGUGGCGCCGUUACCCCAGUGCUGGGAUCAAACUCCUUCCAAGUUCCCGAGAGCUUUCCUGACAGCUCAUUCACCAACCCCAUUCAGUUCUCUUUUGGAUUCACAUGGCCGGGAACAUUUUCGCUGAUUAUCGAAGCGUUGCACACCGAUUCCAACGAUGAUCUGUCGACAGAAAACCCAGAACGUCUCAUCAGUCGUAUGACCACCCAGAGGCAUCUAACAGUGGGCGAGGAUUGGUCCCAAGAUCUACAGGUUGGUGGGAGGACAGAGCUGAAAUACUCGUACAGAUUCGUUUGUGACGAGCAUUACUACGGCGAGGGCUGCUCUGUCUUCUGCCGCCCCCGCGACGACACUUUCGGCCACUUUACCUGCGGAGAACGCGGAGAAAUCAUCUGCAACUCCGGAUGGAAAGGACAGUACUGCACAGAACCAAUCUGUCUUCCGGGAUGCGACGAAGACCAUGGAUAUUGCGACAAACCUGGUGAAUGCAAAUGCAGAGUGGGAUUUAGUGGAAAGUACUGUGACGACUGCAUCCGCUAUCCGGGCUGCUUGCAUGGCACCUGCCAACAGCCAUGGCAAUGCAACUGCCAAGAGGGUUGGGGAGGCCUCUUCUGUAACCAAGAUCUUAAUUACUGCACACAUCACAAACCGUGCCAGAAUGGGGCCACUUGCACCAACACUGGCCAGGGAAGCUACACCUGCUCAUGCAGACCUGGCUUCACCGGAGACAGCUGUGAGAUUGAGGUCAACGAAUGCUCUGGCAGCCCGUGCCGAAAUGGAGGAAGUUGCACUGAUCUUGAAAACACCUACAGCUGCACAUGUCCUCCUGGUUUCUAUGGAAGAAACUGCGAGCUGAGCGCCAUGACAUGCGCCGACGGCCCCUGCUUCAACGGUGGACGCUGCGCUGACAACCCUGAUGGAGGAUACUUCUGUCAGUGCCCGAUGGGCUAUGCUGGUUUCAACUGUGAAAAGAAGAUUGAUCACUGCAGCUCCAACCCUUGCUCGAAUGGUGCCCAGUGUCUAGAUCUUGUGGACUCCUAUCUUUGUCAGUGUCCUGAGGGUUUCACCGGAACGCACUGUGAAGACAACAUCGAUGAGUGUGCCGCCUAUCCCUGUCAGAAUGGCGGCACAUGCCAAGAUGGACUCAACGACUACACCUGCACCUGCCCACCUGGAUACACCAGCAAGAACUGCACCUCUGCGGUCAACAAGUGCGUCCACAACCCGUGCCACAACGGUGCCACUUGUCACGAGAGGGACGGACGCUAUGUGUGCGCUUGCAUCUCGGGUUACGGAGGACGAAACUGUCAGUUCUUGCUCCCAGAGAACUCACAGGGACAAGCCGUUGUUGAGGGAGCCGACAAAAGGUACUCUUACGCCGAGGACGAUGGUGCCUUUCCUUGGACGGCGGUUUGCGCUGGGAUUAUUUUAGUGCUUUUAGUCCUGAUCGGCGGCGCCGUCUUGGUCGUCUACAUCCGUCUUAAGCUGCAGCGGAGGAGCCAGCAAGUCGAUAGCCAUAGCGAGAUCGAGACCAUGAACAACCUGACCAACAACUGCAGCCGAGACAAGGACUUGUCCGUAAGUGUCAUCGGAACCACGCAAGUGAAGAACAUCAACAAGAAAGUGGACUUUCAGAGCGACGCCACAGGCGGAGAAAAAAACGGAUUCAAAUCUCGUUACUCUCUAGUGGAUUACAAUCUUGUUCAUGAGCUAAAGCAGGAGGACUUGGGGAAAGAGGACUCUGAGAAGAGCGAAGCGACAAAGUGCGAGGCUUUCGAUUCUGACUCAGAGGAGAAACACAGAAAUCAUUUAAAAAGUGAUUCUUCAGAGAGGAAACGUACAGAAUCGUUGUGCAAAGACACAAAGUACCAGUCAGUCUUUGUUUUAUCAGAGGAGAAGGAUGAAUGUAUUAUUGCAACCGAGGUGUAACGCCACAACGGAGCUGUAGCUCAUCUUGUUCUACAGGAGGUUUUACUCCAGUAAUGCUGCUCAAACCAGAGGGAAGGUUUCCUUCAUGUGACUGCUGCUGUGAAACUUAUGUUGAAGGUGAUAUUCAGAAUGAGCUGGUUCUCAACUGAAGUAAACACAGUGACUGCAGGAAAGGACGUUGGGCCAUACUGGCUCGGACUCUCAAAGUUUGUUUCCCAGGAACGUGCCAAGUGGACUCACUGCACUUCCUGUAGGGACGGUUUUACCUCAUUGCACUAUGAUGGGUUUUAUUUUUAAUGUAUUUAACACACAUUUGAAUCGAAUACUGUGUAUGCAUAUGCACUGACUGCAGUGUGUAUCUGGAAGUUCUCUGAUCAUUUCAUAGAUCAGUAGAGGAAAAACACUGCCAUCAGAUAUGUUUGUUACUGUUUUGGUUUUUGAAAGCUUGUAUUUCUUUUAUUUAAAUGUUAUUUGUGAUCGAUGUGUUUGUGGUUUCUUUUUUCGUGUGUGUGAAGUUUGAUGUAAUUUAAAAUCUUUUUCAUUUUGAAAAUUUGUCUAUUGUAAAUAAGGCACUUCGGGUCGAUGUGACUUUUCUGAUGUAAAUGUAUUUAAACACGCUGUCAGAAUUACAGGAAUUGUUUUUAUGACUGUUGCCCAUGAAAAAAAAUCACCGUAAUAUUUUUCCAAAUAAAUCCUGUAUGAAAUAUCACAAAAUUGGUCAGGUAUCACUGAGUUAAUGAACUGAUUGCUACUAUCUUUGAGUCAUUUUGUUAAUUUUGCCAGAUUUAGGAGACAAAUGUAAAAUGUUUUCCCUUUUCACCUCACUAAGUAAGACAAAGACACACCCGGUAAAGACAAAUUACAGCCUCGAUCUUGAUGGCAGGGUAUUUUUGGGAUGCAAGAACUCUUUGACAAAAACAUCAAACCACUUUUUGGUUGAAGUGUCUGUUUGGUGGAACAUUUUAUGUCAAAGCCGUAGCCAAACUCAUUAUGUGACUUAUAUAGAGCAGAUGCAGAACAGGAACACUCCCUUAGCAUCUUAAUAUGAAUUAAAUAUGCAGUACUUUCUUUUUUACAAUCUGCAAGCAUAACUGUAUAUUUAAGGAUAACUUGCGCUCACUUAUUCGAGCAGUCAGCUGAAUAACAUUAUGAAGUCAUUACUGGUGAUGUGACUUUUCAUCUAUAUUGUAUUUAAGGAAUGGCAUUUUAUGGGUAUUCAGAGCACAAGAGCAUAACAUUCUAUCUUUAUGCUUUAAAAAAAAGAUCAUCGCCCAACCAUUUUUUGGUUCUUAAACACAUUUGUAACUUCUGUCAACUCACACUGUGCUGUAAUUUCAACUUUGUGGAUCAUAUAAAUCAAU